GUGUGUUCGAGUCGUAGCCCGCCGUAGCACCCUACUCCGCGCGCCUCGCGUCUCGCGUCUCGCGCCAUCGCGCCGCCUGCCAUGCGCGCCUCGCACCCCCUCACCUACUGACACAGCAUACCACACUGUUGCGCGGGCUCACCGCCACAUCGAUUCCACCACAUGACUCUAGUGCCGAACCCCGUGAAGUGAUAAUGAGCGUGCGAAAUGAGGACCCCAGUGCCUGUCCUGACCUACUUCAAUAUUACAGAUCGAUCUCACCAUUUGACGUAAUGCCGAUACAUUAAACCGGUGUUUUUAAUGACCGAGCGCAACUAAGGUGGCAGUAUUAAACGAAAAUGGCGUCAUCGGUCCGCAAAUAGUGCGCACGGCCGGGGCGAUGGGGCUCACGUAGCGGUAUGGAGGAUGACGAGAGGCGGCUGUCGUUCCCGCCGCCGGCGCCGCUGCACUCGCCCGGAGAAGAGAUAGACGGUUCACGGUUGCUGGGGGAGAUCGUUCGUACACUCGAAGCUACCAAUCCUGAGGCAGUGGCGCCACUCGUCGCGUCACAGUCCCGUGAUGCGCUCGACGCGGAGGAGGAGAAACCGCGGCGGGAAGAGUUGCGAAUUCCUCUCGAUGUCACGUUUUCGGAGUCGGUGGGACGGAGUGAUGAACCGCGGGCGGUGGUCACUCCGUUCACGCGGGAGUCCGCGAAGCGCGCUGGAUCGCGGGGCGCACAGUUGGUCCGCGAGUUUGGUUUUAUGCCCCGGCGAAGGCUCAGCGUGGAGGACGGGGCCCGCUUGCCGAGGAAGUACGAACCGUUCCCACCGAAGCUGUACGGGCGACCUCUCGAGGAGAUCGACAAUUUUAUUUACGAUGAGACUUUCUGUGUUGUGUCAAAACGUUUUCGUAAGAACUAUAUUCACCGGUUCACGGCUACUCGGUCGCUGUUCUGGUGGUCACCCUGGUCGUCAGUGCGGCGCGCGUGCGUCUACCUCUCCACCAAUCAGUACUUCGACUACUUCGUCAUGGCCACCAUUCUGCUUAACUGUGUCUUCCUCGCCAUGUCGGAGACGAUCGAAGAAGCUGAAUAUAUAUUCCUGGCGAUCUACACAGCGGAGAUGAUAAUCAAGUGUAUCGCGAAAGGCUUCAUUCUAAACAAGUACACGUAUCUUCGGAACCCUUGGAACUGGUUGGAUUUUGUUGUGAUAACGUCUGGAUACGCGACGAUUGGUAUGGAGGUCGGUAACCUCGCUGGUCUGAGAACAUUUCGGGUACUACGAGCGUUGAAGACCGUUUCUAUUAUGCCAGGUCUGAAGACUAUCAUCAACGCACUACUCCACUCGUUCAAGCAACUUGCGGAAGUAAUGACGCUAACGAUCUUCUGUCUUAUGGUGUUUGCGUUAUUCGCAUUGCAAGUGUACAUGGGAGAAUUGCGAAACAAGUGCGUUCAGAACUUGGUCGUACCGUCUGGGGACAAUUUCACCGAUGAACUUUGGUCGGAAUGGAUCAGCGACUCAUCUCACUGGAUGGUGGACGAUGAAGAAAUCCCUAUUAUCUGCGGGAACUUGACCGGCGCCAGACACUGCCCUUCACAAUACACUUGUUUGUGCGUCGGACCAAACCCUAAUCAUGGUUACACAAACUUCGACAACUUCCUCUGGUCUAUGCUAACCACUUUUCAACUCAUCACGCUGGAUUAUUGGGAGAAUGUUUACAAUAUGGUGUUGUCAUCUUGCGGGCCGAUGUCUGUAUCGUUUUUCACGGUUGUGGUAUUUUUCGGAUCCUUCUACCUAAUUAACCUGAUGUUGGCCGUCGUUGCGCUUAGCUAUGAAGAGGAAUCGCAAAUCACUCAAGAGGAAAGAAAGAAAGACCUGAAUGAGCAUCGAGACGAUUCAACAUUCAGCUUCGAUCCGACGUCCUUAGCCGUGCGUACUCUUGCCAGGGACUCGAAGAAACGCAUCGACGCCAGGAAAGGCCUCCUAUUGGCGUCAUAUUCCAGAAAGCGUACCAGAAGACGCAAGAGAGGCAAAAGUACCAUACAUCAUACGAACACAGUUGCUAUUACAGAGAGAUCACGAUCGCGGUCGAGGUCACGGUCAGUGACACCGAGUGGAUCGCCACCCCCUCUACCUGCGCCUGCGCCCGCUCCCCCGCCUUCACAUACGCUACACCCCGAUAAUGCUUUGGGUCGAGGCGCUCUCAGUGUCGCCGGUCGACAGCUUAGUGAUCACAGCAACAACCGAGAAUCUUCCUUAGAUGACUCCGGUGUUGUUGACGACCACGAUGAUGGUGAACACACGUCAGACGACCAGGCACCACACCCGCAUCGAAGGCACCUCUUGCCACCACCGCAUCCGCCUACUACCUUAACACUUAAACAAGAGAAUAAAAAACAGGAGAAUGGUUCGAAACCGAAGAAUGGUUCUAAGACGGAAAUACAAGUGGAACAAACGAAAAAGUGCGAAAAGGGAAGCAUUCAAGAAAGAUAUCCAUUAAAUCCAGAUUACCUAAAUCAAAUUGUAGUUCUAGGGGCGGACUGGCCAUACAAGCGCGCGCCCGACCUCCCCCAAGCGGAGACGACGAAAAUUAAUGAGCUCAGUUUAUUGGCAGCCACGCACAAAUCUCAUAUGGGCAAUUACGAGCAAAAUUGCACUUACUUCACAGAUGAACUUGUGGACAGAAAUUGCGAAUGCUGCGUUACUUGUUGUAUAGACUACGAAGGUUGGCUACAAUUUCAGAAUUGUCUAUAUGGUAUCGUGAAAGAUCCCUUGUUUGAACUGUUCAUAACGACUUGUAUAGUUCUAAAUACGCUUUUUCUGGCUUUGGAACAUCAUGGUAUGAGUGAAAAUGUCCGGCAGGCUUUAGAUAUAGGAAACAAGGUUUUCACGUCUAUUUUCACGUUAGAAUGUAUCAUGAAAGUGAUGGCGAUGAGCAAAGACUACUUCGCUUGCGGAUGGAAUAUAUUUGACUUAAUCAUCGUAUCCGCUAGCCUUUUGGACCUAAUAUUUGAGCUAGUAGAUGGCCUAUCUGUGUUAAGAGGUCUGCGAUUGUUGCGAGUGUUAAAGUUAGCUCAGUCAUGGACUACAAUGAAAGUUUUGUUGAGUAUUAUAAUAUCGACAAUAGGUGCUCUCGGUAACUUGACGUUCGUGUUAGUUAUAGUUAUUUACAUAUUUGCCGUUAUCGGAAUGCAAUUGUUCUCUAAAUCUUACACGCCAGAAAAGUUCGAUCCGGAUCCUGUACCCAGAUGGAACUUCAACGACUUCUUUCAUUCGUUCAUGAUGAUCUUUCGCAUAUUAUGCGGGGAGUGGAUCGAACCACUAUGGGAUUGCAUGCGCGCGGAACAGGCGAGUGGAGCGGAGAGUUGCUUCUUCAUAUUUCUACCUGCUCUCGUUAUGGGCAAUUUUAUGGUGCUCAAUCUCUUUCUUGCCUUGUUGCUUAAUAGCUUUAACAGUGAAGAACUUAAAAAUAAAAAAGAGGAAGUGGGAGAGGAUUCAAAAUUAGCUAAGAGUUUUGAUAGAAUACGUUCAAUAGUAAGAAAAAAGGGUUUCCUUAUAUCUAGAAGUAAAGAGACUGAAAAAAAAUCUAAAUUAGAAGAGCUAGUUAACGAAUUUAUGUUACAACAUCGUACGAUGAAAGAUAAAAAUACGUCAAUUCCUAGCGAACACAGGUUCUCAGCUUCUGUACAGGAAACUAUAUUAUUUCCCCAUGACAAUAUUUAUAGUCACAGUUAUCAAGAAGCUUUAAAUAGGCCCAUAUCUGUAGGUUCCGAUUUUGCAUAUCCACCAAUAUAUCAAGCAGGAAAUAAUUUCAACCACGGCAGUCAAGAAACUCUGAAAGACGUACGAGAUUUGGCAGCUGAACAUAAAAUAACUAGCAUAAGAGAAGAUUCGAAAGAAAAUCUUGAUGAAACUAUAAGUACAGAUCAGAUUGCUGCUCAGAAAUUACUUAAUCAGAUGUCUUCGGGAUACCACACACAACCAUCAGAUUCAAGAGACGAAAAUGAACAUUACGAAAUGGCUCAAAUCUCCAGUAAAACUACACCAGAAAAAUAUAGGCGACAGGAAAUAGACGAACUAAGACAUCUGAAAGAUUCAAUUACUAGACCUGGUGAAGAUGACAUGAAACAUCCUUGGCAAACAUUAGUUUCUUACGUGGAUGAAUUAACUGUUGGUGGCAGGAAAAAUUCUAAAGGACAAUAUAUGGAUCCUAUGGGAAAAUUUCCUGGAUUCGGUAAAAGAAAAGAGCCAAAAUUACCACAAGAUUGUUUUCCUCGACAAUGUUACAAACAAUGUUCUUGCUGGGAUGCGUGUAUUCGGACUAAGUUAGGUCAAAGAUGGAUGUUCAUACGCACUUAUGUUAUGCGCUAUGUUGACACCCCAGCUUUCGAGUGGUUCGUUUUAGUUCUCAUUUUUGCCUCUAGCAUCACUCUAUGCUUUGAGGACAUACACCUUGAAAAAAAUAAACCUCUCAAGAAAAUACUUUACUGGACCAAUCUCAGCUUCUGCAUGAUCUUUGUCAUAGAAAUGUUUUUUAAAUGGAUAGCAUUGGGAUUCUACAGAUACUUUACUAGUUUUUGGACGUUAUUGGAUUUUACAAUAGUUUUUGUGUCAGUGUUUAGUUUAUUAAUAGAAGAAAAUGAAAAUUUGAAGGUCUUGAGGUCUCUAAGGACGUUAAGGGCACUGAGACCCCUGAGAGCGAUAUCGCGAUGGCAAGGAAUGCGGAUUGUAGUGAACGCUCUCAUGUAUGCAAUACCUAGUAUAUUCAAUGUGUUACUUGUAUGUUUAGUGUUUUGGUUGAUAUUUUCUAUUAUGGGCGUACAAUUUUUCGGAGGAAAAUUUUUCAAGUGUGUGGAUGAUGAGGGUGAAUUAUUACCAUUAGAGAUAAUUAAUGAUAAAUGGGAGUGCUACUAUAAUAACUUUUCUUGGAUAAAUUCGAAAAUAUCUUUCGAUCAUGUUGGAAUAGCAUACUUAGCUUUAUUUCAAGUAGCGACAUUUGAAGGCUGGAUGGAAGUAAUGGCUGAUGCUGUAGAUGCGAGAGGAGUAGAUUUACAGCCGUCGAGAGAAGCUAAUCUUUACGCAUACAUAUACUUUGUUAUCUUUAUCGUAUGCGGAUCGUUCUUCACUUUAAAUCUAUUUAUAGGAGUUAUCAUAGAUAAUUUUAAUAUGCUCAAGAAAAAGUAUGAAGGUGGUGUAUUAGAAAUGUUUCUGACGGAAAGCCAAAAACAUUAUUAUACAGCAAUGAAAAAACUAGGUAGAAAAAAGCCCCAGAAAGUAAUUAAAAGGCCAAGAAAUCAAUUUCUAGCAAUGUUUUACGAUUUAUCUAAUUCAAGAAGAUUUGAAAUAGCGAUUUUCGUUCUUAUAUUCCUAAACAUGCUCACGAUGGGCAUAGAACAUUACGACCAACCACAUUCUGUUUUCUUUGUAUUAGAAGUCAGCAACGCGUUUUUUACAACAGUCUUUGGAUUGGAGGCAAUAGUAAAAAUUAUCGGUCUGCGUUACCAUUAUUUCACAGUACCAUGGAACGUAUUCGACUUCCUGCUUGUUUUAGCAUCAAUCUUAGGUAUUGUUAUGGAGGACAUAAUGAUAGAUUUACCAAUAUCCCCAACUCUACUUCGCGUAGUUCGAGUAUUUCGCAUAGGAAGAAUUUUAAGACUGAUUAAAGCCGCUAAAGGCAUAAGGAAGCUCUUGUUCGCGUUGGUGGUGUCUCUACCCGCAUUGUUCAACAUCGGUGCCUUGCUGGCGUUGAUCACUUUCAUCUAUGCCAUCAUCGGAAUGUCCGUGUUCGGACAUGUCAAAGAGCAGGGCGCCCUCGAUGAUAUUGUCAAUUUUCAAACAUUUGGUAGAAGUAUGCAAUUACUUUUUCGCCUUAUGACAUCAGCUGGCUGGAAUGAUGUUUUAGAAUCCCUAAUGAUUCAGCCUCCUGAUUGCGAGUUGGGUGACCACGGUCAUUCAAACGGAAACUGUGGCAGUCCUUUACUAGCCAUUACAUAUUUUACUUCUUUUAUCAUAAUCAGUUACAUGAUUGUCAUAAACAUGUACAUUGCUAUCAUUCUUGAGAAUUUCAACCAAGCCCAUCAAGAAGAGGAGAUUGGUAUCGUUGAAGAUGAUCUCGAAAUGUUCUACAUAAGAUGGUCUAAGUACGACCCUCAUGCUACUCAAUUUAUAAGUUUUGCUCAACUAUCUGAUUUCAUAGCUUCGUUAGAUCCUCCUCUAGGUAUAUCUAAGCCAAACACAGUGGCACUCGUCAGUUUCAACUUACCUAUAGCUAAAGGCAAUAAAAUUCACUGCCUAGAUAUACUUCAUGCACUAGUAAAGCAUGUAUUAGGUCAUGUGGAGGAAACGGAUACAUUUAGGCAAUUGCAAGAGCAAAUGGACAUUAAGUUUAAAAAACAAUUCCCAACAAGGAAAGAAUUAGAAAUAGUAUCUUCGACUAGAAUAUGGAAGAGGGAAGACAAAGCUGCUCGAACGAUACAAAGGCUAUGGAGAGAAUAUAUCAAGAGGAAAAAUCGUAGUCCAUCACAAGAAGAAGAGAGCACAAAAUGGUCACCGGGACAUGGUUGGGGUGGUCGUCUCAGUGCGUUAUUACAUGUACGGAGAGGAUCUCACGCUUCGAGCCGCAAAUCUUCGAGAGCUUCUGAUGCUUCUGACUUAAGCGACAUAGGAGGAGCUUGGUUGAACUUGCCGCUUCUGCUAUUACCGGGUGCACAACCAAAUGAACAGGCUGGUGGUUCAGAGUCAGCACCAGCUAGGCGUAGAUCAGCGUACGGGUUACCGCUGUUCCUUCGACAUCAGGACGCAGUCGACAUGGACACCGUCCCGAAACGAGCAGGUUCACUUCGUCUAACUUCCCGACGUAGCUCGGCGCGUCGGGUUGAGCCCCCUGCGCGACCGAGCACCCCCUCCCCUCACGCUAGUAGCGCGGUCAGCAUUCUCGUAACGGAAGCCUCACCGGAUGCAGCGCCACCCCCCUCCGCCCCGCCUACCGUUGUCCGAGUACUCGUGCACAGGGAGAGCGACGAACAACCCAGCUGAUCUACACCUGUAGAGCCGGAGGCUCCUCAAAUUUAGCCGGUGAUCGUCACUGACCGGCGAUAAACACCAAGUGAGUGUCGAACUAUCAAAAAUCGAAUAUUGUGUUCAGGCUCGGGAAAACGGUGAUAUUACAACUGUUAGAUUGUAUUGUGAUUUUAAAUCGUAGAUUAGUAGUAGGUAUUGUUAUUGAUAACGAAUCCCUCGAUCAUAACCGGAAACUUCCAAAUGCAAUAAUGUUCGAUAAUUUAAAUCGUAUUCAAUGAAAUUUUAAACAAAUUAAUAACAGAUUUUAGCUUUUGCGCUUGAAAUUUCGAUUCAUUAUUUAAUUAGCUAUUUUUUUUUAUUAUAGAAGUAACCUCAAGAGAAUAGCGUUGGACUUUUGUAUAUUACUUUGUUAUUGUAAAUAGCGUUAUAAUAUAUACCUAAGCCACCGACUGAAACGACGUCGAAGAAUGUUUAAAAAUAAGUAAGGCACAUUUUUACUUGCGAAAUAACAAAACGAGACUACGAGAGAAAUUAUUAAUCCGGUAAAUUUACGUUUUAGGUAAAAAUAAAAUGUUUUUUAA